AUGGCGAUGGCAUUGGUGGCGCUGGUGGUGCCGGGUUUACCGGAGGAGGUGUCGAUGGCGUUGUUGGUGUUGGCGUCGCUGGUGAAGGCGGGGAUCCUGGUGCUGGGUUCGCGGGAGAAGGUGGGGACGGAGCUGGCGUCACCGGAGGGGACGGUGAAGGCGUUGAUGGUGCAGGCGCAACCGGGGAAGGUGGAGAUGGCGUCGCUGGCACAGGUGUCACGGGAGGCGACGCAGAUGGAGUUGGUGGCGCAGGUGUCACUGGCGGCACCACCGGUGGAGGAGACGCCGCAGGCGGCUGAGGAGGAGAAGAUUCUGGCGGGGCAGCAGGCGUCACCGGUGGCUGCGGGGGAGUGGACGAUGCCGGCGGAGCAGCGGGCGUGUUGGGUGGCUGCGGGGGAGGGGACGAUGCCGGUGGAGCUGCUGGCGUCACCGGUGGUUGCGGGGGAGGAGAUGAUGCCGGCGGAGCAGCUGGCGUCACGGGUGGCGGGAGAGGAGAAGAUGGUGGGGGAGCUGCUGGAGUCACCGGUAGAGGAGAAGACGGCGGCGGUGCAGCUGGCGUCACCGGCGACUCUGGUGGAGUUGAAGAUGGUGGCGGAGCGGUUGGUGCCACCGGCGGCGGGUCAGCUGGCGGCUCUGGUGGAGAAGUUGAUGGUGGAGGGGCUGCUGGUGUCACCGGUGGCGGGUCAGCUGGCGGCUCUGGUGGAGGAGUUGAUGGUGGCGGGGCUGCUGGUGUCACCGGCGGCGGGUCAGCAGGCGGCUGUGGUGGAGGAGAAGCUGGUGGCGGGUCAACCGGUGUCACCGGCGGAGGAGAAGAUGGCGGCGGAUCAACUGGCGUCACAGGCGGAGGAGAAGACGGCGGUGGAUCAACUGGAGUCACCGGUGUCUCUGGUGGCGAGUCAGCAGGCGGCAUCACCGGCGGCAGCGGAGGAGGCGAAGCUGGCGUCUCCGGGGGUGGAGGAGAUGGCGCAGGCGGUGGAGGCGGGAUCACGGGCGCGACAGGCGGCGACGGAGGAGGAGCACUGGGCGGCGGCGGCGGCAACGGUGGGGGUGAACUUGGCAACGGUGCAGGCGGCGGAGUGGACGGUGGCGGCGGGGGAGUAG